AUGUCUCUAUUUGUUAACAUGUUAAUUUGUAUGUCUAAAAUAGCAAAUUCAUUGCAAUUACCGAAACUAACCUUCUCUAUUCUAUGUUUUACAGAUAGAACAUGCUCUGGUAUUAUUUAUCUCUUUACCUUUGGUAUCUUUGGUAUCGGAUGGUUAAUUGACAUCUGUUUGAUUCCAGGUAUGGUCGAACAUGAGAACACCAAACACUGUCACGAGACCACCACAAGUGUAGUUGUUGUUCAACAACCAGCUCAACCAGUCAUGUAUCAACAACCACCACCAGGUGCCCCAUACCAACAACCAUAUGGUCAACCAUAUCCAGGACAACCAUACCCAGGUCAACCAUAUCCAGGUCAACCAUACGCACCACAACAAGCAUAUCCAGGUCAAGAUCCAAAUCAACCACCAAUGAUGUACCCACCAACUGCUCCACCACCCCAAUAA